AUGGUUAUAGGCGAAGCGAUAGUUGGAACUAUCAAUUACGAAGAAGAGAUAAUUCAGAUACCUCGUGGAUUAAGGCUAUUUACAUGUAGUUGGGUACCUGCAAACACAGAACCAAAAGCUUUAGUUUUUCUCUGCCAUGGUUAUGCCAUAGAGUGCAGCAUCUCCAUGAAAGAUACUGCAAUUCGUCUAGCGAAAGCUGGUUACGGAGUCUAUGGAAUAGAUUACGAAGGUCAUGGAAAAUCUUCAGGAUUAAAAGGUUUCAUCCCUAGUUUCGAAAGAGUUGUCGCCGAUUGUUCUGACCAUUUCUCAAGCAUUUGUGAAAAGAAAGAAAACAAAAGAAAGUUGAGAUAUCUGUAUGGAGAAUCCAUGGGAGGUGCAGUUAUUCUUCUUCUACACAGGAAGAAACCACAAUACUGGGAUGGUGCUAUCUUAGUUGCUCCCAUGUGUAAGCUGGCAGAUGAUAUGAAACCACCUAAACUGGUUUUGAGUGUUUUAAUAAUGCUCACCCAUGUCAUACCAAGGUGGAAAAUUGUCCCAACAACUGAUAUCAUAGAUAUCUCCUUCAAACUGCCAUCCAAAAGAGAAGAGGUUCGUUCAAAUCCAUUAUGCUACAAAGGGAGACCUCGUUUGAAGACUGCUCAUGAACUUCUAAACGUGAGCUUAGACAUCGAAAAGAAUCUUCAACAGGUUUCGCUGCCGUUUAUAAUCGUUCAUGGAGGAGAUGACAAAGUAACUGACCCAUCAGUGAGUGAAUUGUUAUACAAAACAGCGGCGAGUUCAGAUAAGACAUUCAAGUUAUAUCCUGGAAUGUGGCAUUCAUUAACUUCCGGAGAACCGGUUGAGAACAUUGACAUUGUAUUUGCUGAUAUAUUUUCAUGGUUGAAAGAGAGAACUGAAGUCAGAAGUUCUUUGAGGCUCGAGAGAGAACACAAAGGUGAUAAUGAUACUCAAUUCCCAAUGGCACCCACAGCAGGGAAGAAGUUGUAGACCAUGGUUUUUAAAAUCAUCGCACAUUUGAAUCGUUUUUGCUAUGAAUCGUGCAGUCAAACUGCUUUGACUUGAUUCUGAAGCCAACGGAUUCUCAAAAAUGAAAACUUGAAGAGUUUCGAACUCAUGACCUCCUGUGUCAUACGAGUGCUUUCUAACCAAUGUUCAACAAAAUUUGUCACUAUAUAAUUACUAGAGACCAUAAAUUGGCAAGAAAAUAUGAUCUUUGCUAAAUACUCCAUAUUGUUUAUAAAUAUA